AUGGCGCACAGACCGCAGCUCUCAAUCACUCUCCCACCAGACUUCGAGUUCCACUACAACGAUGGCCAGCUACCGCGCACGCCCGACCGGCAGCAGGAGGAGCGCGACACGCCACUGAACCCACCACCACCCCCGCGACCACAGACCUUCAAGGUUCGCCGUAGACGCGCCGCGAUACCAGAGGACUUCCAGAACGCCGAGGUCGAGGCCAUGUCAGACACCGUCAUACCCACGAUAGAAAUGUCGGAAGCCACAGGCGAUAUGUCGAGCCCGAUAUUCCAGGCCACACCUACUAUGGAGGGUCUUCUUGCCCCCGCCCUACCGAGCUUCCAGCGUCUUGUUACGCCACCCAAGACACCCGCACCGCGCGUUCAGCAGAGUUUCACUUCGCCUGUGGAGAGUCCUGCGAACGAAUGGGCCAUGAUCACAGACAGUCGAAGCAAGCUGAGGCCAGCGUUUGACCAGUCUGGCUCGGUCUGUUCGUCUUUCUCCGACUCGUCGAUCUCAUCGUACGGCAGCUCCGAUUUCUCCGCACCCAACCACGGCUGCAACAGUCCAGAAUCACAGGCCACAGAUCCAUUUCUGGAGGAUGACAUUCCACGAGACGACAAGGCUGUCAUCUCUCCCGAGCACAACAGCUCGCCUACUGCCAAGCGUGUAAAGAUGCACCGAAGUAUCAAGUGGACGUCGGGUAUGGAUGAACACCUCUGGAUGACUUACAUGCAAUACCUUUCGGAUCCUCGCGUCACGCCUUUCAAGAUGCUUGCAGGUCUUCCUCCACCACUCGGCGUCUGCUCUCGCGUGGCUUCGAAAGCUAGGCGUACGUGGAGCCCACGUAGAUCUAGCGUUGGUCUAGAUACGCUGAUGGCCUCUGACCGCAUGCAGCGGGAAGGCUCGCCGGAUACCAUACGACCAAACAGCAACUUGAAGCAGCCGAACUGGCCACGAUCAGAUGGAGCUACACGCAAGCGUCUACGUACCCUCUGCAAGCGCAGGCCGUCUCUUCCAGCACACUAUCAGAGACUCCUCAACACUCGCAGCCCAUCUCCAUUCGCUUCUUCGAGCUCGAUAGAUCACACUCCUAACGUACCUGCUUCGGCCGCCUCAACUUCAGCAUUCGGCAGCCAUGACAUGAAGAUGUCGCUGGUCACGGCGACUGCUCCCUCGAUGCAGCCCGAAGGUCCACUUGCCCAGCUCUCCAGCGACGGUCUUGUCGCGCAGCCACAGCCACAGCCACAGCAGCGCAGCGAGCGGCCUGCAGACUGGUUCGCGCGUAUACCUCGCUCGCACGCACAUCAGAAGAGUCUAUCACUGCAGUCCGGCCUCAAUCUCAACGCCGCAUUCGAUCCUGCCACUCUUGCCUCACCCUUUGACGACAAUAGCCAUCGAACGCACCUGUUGUCGAGCAUUACCGCCCACACCAAAUCGCUUGGCCGCUCAAACUUCAAGGUUGGUCCCUCACUCGACGUACCAGUAGAGCUUUCUGGAGCACCAACAGCACCACGCACAUCACUUAAGCGUCGCUUCAAGUCGGAUGAAGAGAAGCCAAAGCGUGGCUCCUUGCAGGACGUCUUUGGUCCACAAGCUGAAGAUGCCGGUAUUGUUCGCAACCGUGGUUUCACGGUCGGUGCAGUGCGCGCCACUGACAACCUGGCGAAGUUGUUCUCACCGCCGUUUCCUGCACCGCCGGCAAUACCUGCUAUUGAUGAAGAGAUGGCAGAAGCGCCACCGUCGAGCGAUCCCUUUCGGUCAUGCGAAUUGGGACCACCAGGCAGCCGGUCAGUACCUCGUCGCCUUGCGGAGCCAAUCCCGCGUCUUGGUUCGCCUUUCACCGAAGCGCCUAGUCGGCAGUUCAACACCUUUCCUCGCAGCUAUUUGUCUACUGUCGGCAACCCACAACCCUUUCAGCAGCGGCUGAGGGAGCUUGCCGCUAAGGGAGCUGCCAACCAAGCCCGUCAGCCAUGA